AGCUGUGCGUACAACAUGUGUGAGUCAGAGGGAGUUAACAGAAGGAUAAAGCCAGUUGUAUUUUCCCGUUCUCACUGUCUUGAACGCAGUCGACACCAGCACUGGAUUUACUCUUCAGAUCAAGGAUAAAAGCUGAAGUGACGCAACACAAUGCUCCGUUCCUUAGUCCUGUUCUCGGUGUGUGUGGCACUCGCUUUUGUUGUGCAGCCUGGCAUGGCAGAACCCGAGCCAGACUCCAAGGUGAAUGUAAAAAUCGACCCCAACGAUUCGAAAGUCAAUGCUAAUGUGGAAGUUAAGAAAACAGAAGACCAACUCUCCGUAGACGUCCAUUCCGAAUUCCUGGGGCCGGAUGACCAAGACAAGUACUGCUGCGAAGUGGACGGCGUCAUCCACAACAACGGCACGACAUGGUCAUACGGCAACGGCACCGAGUGCAUCUGCAUGGAGGGGAGAGAGGACUGCAGGCACAGUCUUUUGUAAUGGCGACCACAUACCUGAACUGAACACCGGCUGACUGAUGAAAAGCAUAAGACAUGUUCAUCUAAGACUUCUCCAUGACAACGAUCAUAACGAUGGCUGGUCACCAACGAUAAUUCGUAGGAGUAUUCGCUUAACAAUCCCGGGUAAUAAAGACUUCAAGAUACCACGUUGUUCAACAGAUUAAAGGGCCAAGAGACCGUGCUGUUCAAGAUAUUAAAGGGUCAAGAUACCACGUUGUUCAAGAUAUCAAAGAACCAAGAGACCACGUUGUUCCAGAUAUUAAACAGCCAAAAUACCAAGAAAUACAGAGGUAUCGUCGAAAUCACUGGCCACAGGGUGUAUCUAAGACUAAAAAACAGCAAAAAAAUAAUUGAAAAUUUUCCCAGAUUUUGGAUGAAUAGGUGGAACAAGACCAAUAAUAAUGCCUUCUUUUUUGUCGAUAUCGACCUAGUGCUUGCAAAACAGGUGUGAUAUACGGAGAUUUAAGAGCAAAACAUCACCUUUUUUGCUUUACGUGUGUGUGUGUGUGUGUGUGUGUGUGUGUGUGUGUGUGUGUGUGUUGUGUGUGUGUGUGUGUGUGUGUAUGUGUGUGUGUGUUGUGUGUAUGUGUGUGUGUGUGGUUCGUGCGUGCGCGUGUGUGCGCGUGCGUGUGUGCGUAUGCAUGUAUAUUUGCGGAUGUGUGUCUGUGUACGUGUGCGUGUUAUAUCCACAUUCUCGUGCGGAUGAACACGCGGAAACGUGCAAGGAUACGGAUUAGCGAAGGAACAGAAGGUAGAGAAGGCUGAUUAGACAUCAUUUGUCCUUAAAAAAAAUGUUCCACCUUUUUAAGAUAAUUAUUAGUUCAUGUUUGUCUUUCUUUAGACAUACUAAUUGUUAUGGAGAUUAUAUAUCCUCGUGAUAAAAUAUAUAGAUCAACAUCCA